UAAAGAUCAAGAUGGCGACAAGUUUUGUAUAAUUUUGUGUUGAGAAAAUUUACCUCAUUUGAGGUCAAAUUUACAGUCGUUGUUGCUUGAACUGACAUGGAGAACUUUGCUGUGGAUCUCGACAAGGUGUUAGAUGACUUUGAAUUUGAUGAAGAUAACCCUGCUGCAGUGUCCCCUACCAUCCGAGCAGACGUCAACAGUCAAAUACUGCCCAAACCUGCACAGGAUCUAGGCAUAGCAAAGGGGCGACCAGACGGAGCAUUCACGACUGAUGCAGCACAAGCCUCAACCCAACUCAGAAAAAAUGUCUACAACGCACGAUACAAUUUACCAUUCGACUCUAGUGACAAGUUUGAUAUGUCUGGGGCUAACUUCGGCCCAUCGCCUCCGAGGACGACAUUUGUGACAUCUUCAUCAACAAAUAGCCACGGAUAUGAUAGUCCAGUGGCCACAGGUCUGACUUCUGGAUCAGGAAAUGACAGUGGCUAUGGUAGCCAGCAGUUUGGCUUUGAAUGCAAUAAUGGAACGGUUGGGUCACUUCCUUGGAACAGGAGUGAUAUAAACUCAGGCCAUGGUUUUCAAACAGUCAUCUCUGGACCAGCCGUUACACAAGGAUUAUCAAAACCAAAUACCAGGUCGAUUGAGGAUAAUAAUGGAGUUGAUUCCGAGGUGACUAGUUCAAGAAAUGCUCCUUUAAGUGAGCCUGAGGUGGAUGUGAGUAGAGGCCAUAUUUCUGUGAAUUCCAAUCAGGAAGAUUCGUUUGGCUUACCUGACACUCCUGGGGAUAUCCCAGGAUCGUUUGUAAAGAACGAGACGAAUAUCAAUGUGACUGUUGUGCCUGAAACUCUGGAGCGCGGUGACUCACUUGAACCUGUUGGAGCAGAUCAGGGUGGGUUGGUAAACAGUGGGACAGGAACAGACGUGUCGGUUCCUGUUUCAGAACACCAGCCUGAGGUGGUGGAUGGUCCAGGUCAUGAAUAUUUCAGUGCACCACAGCCUGGAAUCACUCCUGCUCCAAUGUCAGGUCACGAUGUGAACGCGACAAAGACGUGUGUUGGGCAAAUCAAAGUGUUACCAUGUUAUGGUAACGACUCACCAGUUCAUAGUUUGAGAGAAGAAGUUGUGAUAUCUGAGCCGCAUGUGCCACUGAAGGAUGUAGAGCCUACGCAAAUGAUAAAAUCGUAUGAUUCACUGGAUAUGGCAAACGGCCAUUCUGUGGAUAGUAAUGACCAGCAUGAUGAUUCUUUGACGACAUCUAGUUUUUCGGGGGAUUUUCCACAUGUUGGAGAAUCUGUGACGUCUGUCAAGGAAUCUGCUGUGCCCUGUGUUACGUCUGCUGCAGAGAGGGUCACUGUAGUAGCAGACGUCAACACAAUGGACAUCAAUAUGCAGGUCCCAGUGGGGAGUCGAGAACAAUCCAACACAACGGAUGAUGCUAAAGUCUCAACAGUCCGGACUGACAAUGAUAAAGUCACAGCAGUAGAGACUGGACGAGAGGAUUCAGAAACUGGGAAGGUUGGGGAAAAUGGCGGUGAAGGGCGAAGUGUGGGUGUGGUUGUUGAACAGACAGGCCCUGUCUUGAAUUCUGAUGCAUCUGUUGAAGGUGUUAACAAUGCCAUGCAAGCGGGUGUCACGGCAUUGGAGCCUUCUGCAACUGUGGUGCAGCCGACAGCCACUGUGGCGGCGGCAGUGGUGGGGUUUGGUGACAUCAGUGAUGAUGUCGAUGAUGCGGAAAUGGACAGUUACUUGGGUGAUGUUGAAACUAGCGAUAACACGGGGAGAGAAAGUAAUGUAGUGGUAUCAGACGGUGGUAUUUCUCAUAAAACCGACCCUCAGGUUCUAGCUGAACAAGACCCAAAUCUGAACUCUUCUGUUCAUGAUAAGAGUAACAUUUUACCCUCACCAGUUGUGACCAAUUUUCAAACUCAGUUUUCGUCGGAAAGUAAUGAAGAACCAUCAAUAAUUCAACCAGAGGUGUUGCCUUUCUUGGUAGAAACACCCACGGAGAGCCUCUCAACUCCUGCUGAGGAUCCUGGGUUCAGUCGUGUGCCAGGGCUUCCUGGUAGUGGACUAAAAUCGAACCUUGAGAAGACCUCUCCUACUCUGGGAAUUGCCACCUUGGAUAUCCAUGCCCCAUCAACGUCGGUGACCAAUUCUGGCCUUGGCUUACCACAGACUCAAGCUACGGGUAUCGGAGCUAGACCGAAGGAGUCGAGCCAGAUCAAAGCUCCAAGACCAAACAGUUUGAUCGGCCUGUCUAAGCCGUCUUUGCCGACCAUGCCGAUAGCAAGUGCCAAUUCGGACGUCCCUCUAGACGUUUCGAUAUCGGACACGUCUGCCAAUGCCUUGCUUGGACUAAACGCUGUACAGUCGGCAAUGUUUGCAAUGGAACAGCCCGCCAUAAACACCCACGAUGUGAGAAAUCAACAAAUUGCUGACCAGACCAAGACCGUUAUCAAUAAAAAACAAUUAAAUGUUGAAAUAAAGCACCAAAUUGAGCAGGAGAAACGCUCACCAGUGUCGCAAGUUGGUUCGGAUUCUGGGCAAAAUAAUCUUAAUCUUCUAACAAACACUGGAGGGGGUAAGCUUCAUACGAAUAACUUUGACAGUCCUGUGCAAGCUUCAGAAGCAGAUUGCCUCCCAUCUCCCAGCUCAUUCUCCAUGCGACCGCCACGGCCUAAUUCCUUCCCUGCUUGCUCCGCACCAUCACCGCAGGGAAAACAAAAACGCCCAACAAGUCUCAACCUCCCACCAAGGACUGACUUCGGUGCAGAACAGGGAGAUGAAUCACCCAAAAGUUCCCCGGCGAUGGACACGGGGUCUGCUUCACCAUCCAGGUUUGAAGAUGAUGUCAUGGGUGUAACCACUACAACCCUGCCUCCAAACGUAGGAAUCAGCAGCAGUCCUGUCCAGGAGGGCGCCACGUCUGCCCCAGCGGUGUUAGUCACGGAACCAACAUACCCUCAGCCUCCGCCAGCUUCCCCUGUCUCACAGAUAGGCAAGGUUGCACCUAUCUGGGUACCAGACUCGGAGGCGGCGAACUGCAUGCAGUGUGAUAGCAAGUUCACGUUUACACGGCGGCGACACCACUGUCGGGCAUGCGGCAAGGUGUUUUGCUCAAACUGCUGUAACCUGAAGUCUAAGCUGCCAUACAUGGACAACAAAGAGGCGAGGGUCUGUCAGUUGUGUCAUGUCUCUCUAAUAAAAGGCCCGGCCCGGAGUCCUAACCCCAAUAAUCCCAGUGAAUACUGCUCAGUCAUAUCCCCAAUGCAGCAAGCCAACCCACACACGCCCCCUCCUACAGUCAUGGUGCCUGUGGGGGUAUUGAAACGAGAAGGAACACUUCGAAAGGGGGAACCUAAAUCUGUGAUGUUUUCUGACGGUAUUCGGCCAGGUGGUGACCUGACCGAACUCGAUGGUUCGUCCGAGCAGCGACCGUUGAUGAGGAAGACGGGGCGUACGGCGAAGAAAGUUGAGAGGAUACCCACACCUGUGGCGCCACCAGAUGGAGCUGAAAAUACAGCAAAGACAACAACAACAACAACAUUGACAACAGUAACCACGGUAACUGCAUCGCCAUCAAAAAUGAGGCAGGUUCGCCUACCAGAGGCCAAUCGUAAUGUUUGCCUCAUCCCGGAGACCGGCCUCCCGCCGGUGAUAUCGCAGACCGGUGUGAAAGGAGAUUAUUCUAUAGAAGAGGACCCCGAUCCUGAUAUUCUCCUUCCCAUAUUAAAAAGCGAUGAUUUAAGCCCUGUGGUAUUCGCUGUCAAUAAAAACCUAUUUGUUCUAGUCAAGAUUCUAAAUUUGGAUUGCUGCGUUAACCGAGUAUGCUGGUGCUUUACGACAAAGGGGAUGUGUACCGUCGGCCAAGAUGAGAUUGUCAUCGUCCUCGAGUGUCUGCCUGACGAGAAAACCGUCCCCCGUGAUAUCUUCUCACACUUGAACACUGUCUAUGAAGAGGCUGGCAAGGGUAAUACAGUAUCAGAUCUUGGCCACACGAUUUUCGGCCAGAGUUUUCUCGGCAGUAAAGACCACGGAGGCUUCUUGUAUAUUCGACCAACGUUUCAAUGUCUUCAGAAGAUCAUCCUGCCGGAGCCUCCGUAUGUUUUCGGGAUCCUCCUACAGAAGUGGGAGACGCCCUGGGCCAAGGUCUUUCCCAUCAGGCUGAUGCUGCGGUUAGGAGCAGAAUAUAGAUAUUACCCUUGUCCUCUAAUCAGUGUUCGAUUUCGUAACUCUGCCUUCAUGGAGAUCGGUCAUACGAUCAUGAACCUCCUGGCAGAUUUCAGAAGCUAUCAGUACAUGCUACCACAGAUCAAGGGAGUGACGAUUCACAUGGAGGAUAAGAUUACUUAUAUCAAUUUCCCUAGGAACAGAUAUGAUGAGGUGAUGAAAGUGAUCAGUAACAGUAAUGACCACGUGAUGGCGCUGGGUGCUAGUUUCAGUACCGAGGCCGACUCCCACCUUGUGUGUAUACAGAAUGACGAAGGGAAUUACCAAACACAGGCAAUAAAUAUACAAAACAAACCAAGGAAAGUGACGGGGGCGAGUUUUGUUGUUUUCAAUGGUGCUCUAAAAUCCAGCUCAGGACUAUCCGCCAAGUCUAGUAUAGUUGAAGAUGGCCUGAUGGUGCAGAUAGCUCCAGAUUCCAUGAUGGCACUCAAGCAGGCGUUGCGGGACAUGAAGGAUUAUCGUAUUGGUUGUGGGAGUGUCGAAGCCCCACAGCCGGAGGAGGUGGUCAUGGUGCAGUGGACCGAUGAUGACAAGAACGUCAACAUCGGCAUAAAAAGCCCCAUCGAUCAAAUGGCCAUGGACGGAGUAAAAAGUAUUCGCAUUUCUAAUGCUACUGAUUACGUUGGUGAAACACGAACUAUACGUUGGACAGAAGUGUUUUUCAUUCAGGAGGACUCUGGGACAUCGCGAUGUGACCCGGUCGACCUGAGUCGACUGGCCGAGACGAUAAAUCGAGCGGCGUGUGUUGCGCUGGUACCUCACUUAGAUAAACUCAAGGAAGAAAGCUUGACCAAGAUUGGGCUAAGGAUCACGGUCGAUGCCGAGAAGGUCGGGUAUGAAAUUGGAUCGAAUGGAGAGAAACUGCCGUCAUUGUACAUGAACGACCUCGACAAUGAGCUCAUUCCGGUUAUCCACAAUGCCGCGUCGAACAGCCAUGACAGCCCGAUCACACUCGAGUUGAUAUUUCACAUACUUGAGUGAACACUCGGACGAUAGGUUGAAUUGGGGUCACCGAUGGCGGGAAAAUGGAAUGAGAGAGUUUUUGAAACUUGUGCUGGAGGUUUGCUCGAUAAGCAGAUCUGCCAACUGAGUUUGGCGGCUGUUUUAUGGCUUAAGUAAAAUCGGACUGGAGCCGUUAUGGCAUUCUUGGGAGCCAGCACCUCUUCUGUCAUAGUAUAUUGUAAGCCGGGAAAUUUUCGUGUGAAUUUUUAUUGUGUUCAGCGAAAUCAGCGAAAAAUAAAACACCAAGAGGAAACAAACAUUUACUCGAUCACUGUUAAAUUAACGCUUUAUUAAAACUGUGCCAAAGAUGCAAUUUCACAAAACCACGAACAAUAAUAGCUACGAAUAUUUCCUAGUUUACUGUAUUUCACAUUAUUACCUGACAGCAGUCAAGGCAGUAACUUGGUUUUUAGGAAGCGUCACCUUUUAGUGAUUUUGGAAUGAGUUUGAGAGCCACACCUAGUGUGUAUCCUUUCAGUAAAAAAACCCACAAAUACUAUUUAAUAAAACGGCACCAGCCAGGGAAAGAGAAGUCAUUUUUCAACAGUAGAAAUCAUUUUGAAGAAUCAUGUCAACACAAUGCAAACCUGAGUUACUGCCUUUAUGGAUUAUAUGGCUGAUGUGCCAAUUCUUUGAAAGUUUUUGUGGCUCCUCUCCAGGUUGACUAUACCGUGGAACCUCCCUUAGUGGACACCUCCAUAUUAGGGACAACCUCUCUAUUAAUAAUAGUACUGAGUUUUAAUGACUCUUGUUCCUAACUUGGUUGUUUUCAUUCAAUUUGAGCUCUCUUAUCAGGACGCCUCCUUAUUAAGGACAGCACUUGUCAACCCCGAGGGUGUCCUUAAUAGAGAGGUUCUACUGUACCAGUACUGAACCUGUACACUCUUGGGUUGUCAGUUCAGUACUGUAAAACAAUUAAAUUUGAAUACAAGAAUAAGGUUAAUGAAUGUUUUUGAAAUUUACCAGUUGCAAAAUUGAAUAUUGAUAUGAAAUAAUCCAGUCAUAAUUGUGCCAUAAUGAGCCGAAAAUUGGCAGCUUUCCUUUCAAGUGGCAUUGGAGAUAUUUAUGUUGAGUUAUGGAAGGUGUGUGUAUUUAAAAUCAGAAUCUUGAAAUUCCAUGAAAUGAAAUAUUUCGAUUUUCAAUCUCGGCCGGGGUCUGUGAAGGCUACAGAAUGGAGAUAGAUAAAACUGCAUUGGGCCGUGACCGUCUGCCGUUGGUGCUCAGACGACAAUAUCAAAGUGAGGAAAUGUAAUUCAUGAAAUGUUUACCAAGCUAAAAGUUGGUGUAUUUGCUCAUUAGAUUUUUGAACACUUCACGACUUUACACCGUAUCAUGAUUUCUUCUGAUCAUGUUGCCUUCGUGUCCUGCUCGAACAUAUUUAUAUGACACUGUCCUUCAGGUUUGACCAACCAAUUGUAAAAUAAACAUCAGCGUAUGAUAUAAGUAGGAAGUAUAACGUCUAUAUUCAUCUAUUGUUAUGUAUGAAUAAGUCUAUUAUGAUGUUUGUAAAUUUGAUUGAAAAUGCCAUAGUAUUUAAUUGAUUAUUAUAACUGUUGACUUUCAAAUCUGACAUGUAAAACAUGUCCACUGCUUAUUGUGUGAACUUGAGUGCUUCUUCAAAUGAUGUUGUGGUUCGAAUAUCUUGUGUACCCAGUAGAACCUCCCUUAAUGGACACCUUUGUUAUCAGGACACUCUCUAUUAGGGACAGAGAAUUUGGUCCUGAAUGGAUCAUUUCCGUAAAAUUUGUCCUCGGUAAUAAAGACACUUCCCUAUUAUGGACAUCAAUUGUCAAUCCUUAAGGUAUCCUUAUCAGAGAGGUUCUACUCUACUUCAAUUCUUCUGUCAACCCUCGGGGGCGCUGGACCAGUUGAGAGCAAUCUGAGGAAGAUGGAGCAUCUGCCCAGUAGCUGACCGAUUGCGGCCAUUUUAGAUAUUGAUUGAAACAAAUUCUUCCCCAUUUGGACCCUCCCAGGCUAUGUAGGCCCGACUGGGCACUUCAGAACCAAUUCUGUAAGCUUUUGGUCAUAGAUUAUCCUGAAUUUCAAGGUAUUGUUCUUCCUGAUGCAUGUACAGUCAAAAGCGGUUGUACUGAAUUUCAGAUGUCCAACACUUUCUUUUCUUAUAUCUGAGUUUUGUUAGAAAUCAAUAUAGGUAAUUUGAGAUUGCAUAAACUAACGUUAUAAAGAGAUUUUCAUCAAGAGCUGAUAUAUCGUAAAUGAUAAAUGAUACCGCACUCAACUUUGAGCAGGCAUUCUGAUGUCAAAGUGAUGUCAAGGCUAUGGGGAUCAAGAUGGGCAAGAAUAAUUUUCAAUAAAGGUGCAUUCUUUGCAUUUGCGUCUAGAGGGUUUGUGUAGAAUCAUAACUUGUGAAUCUAUGCUGGAGUCAUGUUUUGAAUAAAGUGGUGGUGGCUUUAAACCGUUUUCGCUUACUCGUAACGUUGUCAUGCUUUACCAAUAGGUGGCUACAGAGGCAUCGAUUUCUGAAGCGGGCGAAAAAUAAUCACAACAAGAUUCAUUUGCUGUGGGGAUUGUGUACCUGGACAUUUCAUGAGUCUUUUAACAAAAAGUGUACAGACGGACCUACUCCUCUGGAUAACCUGAUAACCAUUUCGUGUGUUGUUUUGUGGCGAAAAAACUUCUGCAGAGAAUAAGAAAACUCGACAAAUCUUAGUUUUGAUGUCUGUCCACUGGCAAAAAUAUGUGGAGGGAAGCGCUUGGCAUAAGUGUAGAUAGCCUGUCUUGCUAUUUUUAUGGAUGUCUUUUUUUUGUUGUCAAUCUGGUAAAGGUUUUUCAUGUGACAUUCACGCUCAUGAUCAUCAAAAUGUAAAUAGCCCGAGAUACAUGUAUGUAGAUAUUAUACAGAAGAUAAUAUGUAUACAUUGUUGUGAACUAUGAAUAAUAAGCAAGGGUUGUUGAUCAUUCUAUAUAAGAUGUAUCAUUGUUAUAUUUUAAUGUAUUGGGGCGUGAGGUGAGAGGACUUCUACUGUUAUACAGGGAGUCCCAAAAAUAAGGACGUUCAGUCUGGUUGAUUGAUUGUUUGCUGUUCUUUUGACACACCCUGUGUUUGGUCUAUAUUCUGUUGACAGUGUUCUCCACUGGAAAGUCUUGUGUCAGUAUGCAUAUUGAUAAAUCAGACUUUAGUUAAAAGCUUCGCUAUAACACACGGCCCAGGUGUGAUUUUCGGCUACGUCAGACGGACCUCGGCUUUUCUUCUGUUUCCGGUUGCAUUACCAGAGAACUACAGUGCUCGAAUUUGCGCUAUGUAUUACACGAUCAAUGCUCUAUGAAGAAUUAAGGAGUUUUUUGUGCCAAUCACAUAGUUUCUGUAUAAUCUAUUCAUCUGUGAAAAAUGUCAUGCCUUUGUCUCCAGAAGAUAGGGAUCAAUUUCACCAAGAAAGAAAUUUUCUUUGUAAAAACUUACAGAGGAAUUUUGCAAUGUGACGGAGACACACAAUGUUGAAAACUCGCAUGAUGUAGCUGACAGUCCUACCUGAAGUUGGCCUUGGCCCUUUACAUUUAUUUGUCUUUGUGGUUGAAUGGAAACAAUACACUGGUAGAAUUAUUCUCAGGGUGGGAACUAUAGUGAAACAUUUCCUCGUGAGGAUCGCCCAUUCCGAAACAAGAUGCUGAUGGAGAACACUGUAUGUGCUGUUCUUUGCAAGUCAUACAAACUUAAAGUAAAUAAUAUGAUCCUUUUCGAUGAUAAUUUAUGAAAAUAGUUUAGGCUUCGUCUUUUUGUCCCACAUUGAAAACUAUAAAAUGUCUGAUUCCGUUUUUGGAUCUCUUUUCCCUGAGUUGUGUUUAUAUUGCAUUGUCAACCAUCAUCAUAUCAUCAAAAUGGUCUUAUAUCUUGCAAGUGAGACUUCCCCUUCUUCUGAGCAUUCAAAUUUUCUAUUUCUGGCUCUUCUACGCAACCAGGCCUAUGUCUCUUAUAAAUCUAGCUGUCGUCUCUCUCCUGUUGAUCCAGAGAUCUUAGUCUCAAUUGAUGCACCGUAUGGCCAGGUUAUGUUCCACAGACAACAUCAUAUUUUAUGAACCGCUCAUGAAAGGUUUGGAAGGACGCAUUGAACUUCUGAAAAUUGUGAAUUUAUCUUCAGAGGGUGUCGGAAAUUUGCGGUAAUCAUGUAAGAAAGAAAAUAUAGGCCUGUUUCUCGGCAAUAUAGAUUUUUCUGUCCCUCUAAAUGUGACAUCACAUUCCUCGGGACAGAGGAAUUCAUAUUGCCCUUGUCAUAGGGCUGUAAUUGAUAAUUAGUAGGCUUGUGUCAUAAAGCUUUCACCAUUGCCCAAUCCAGCCAUUGAUUAUACGCAGUACUUUUCUCUCUGUUGUUAUAAAGCCACUAGUUCACCAGGCAAGUAUAAUUAUAGGCCACAUUGAUCGGCUGUAGUCUUGUCUACGGUAUCCUGUUUGGGAGUCACUAGCUGGUCAUGGUCAGACUCAGUUAAAGCAAGAAUAAAUGAAGACAGCUUUUAUUAAAGGGGAUUUCACACAACCAACGUUUCGGUCAACUUUUUAUAUUUUCUCGGGCGGUGAAAAUGAACCUUCUCAUUUCCUGUUUAUAAGUCCAGCGCAGAUUUGUUAGACACGGCUUGAUGAACAUGUGGACAAUAAGGACUGCAAUAGGGUUCCGUUUAGAAAUUCGCAUAUGACUUGAUGAUGCAUCUGUUGCUUUGAGGCGCGGUAAAGGCAUUGUAUUUUUCGUACAAAGUCUUGUUGAGGGAAAGACCUGUUGCUUCUUGCUUGUUGUGCUCAUUGAUUUGGUACACCUUCGGCUGCUGCUAAAAUAUUUCCCUGAAAUAUGUCCGAUUCAUUGCACGAAGCCUAAACAAUAGUAUCUGUGGUUCUGACCUUUUGAGUUUUGGACUCUCGAUAUGAUUGAAAUUUUUGAAGACUGGAGCAUUCAAACAUGUUGAAAAAACUUGGUUGGUGAGAAUUGAUGCUCUAGAAUUGAAUUUUAGUUUGUGCUUGGCAAUUGAAAAUUUGAAACCUUAGACUCCUACCUCUUCUUGACCUGUCAAGGGUUAACAUUUGUGACCAUCUUGGUCCAGCUUGGAAUGUAACCAGAUAUGACUGACAGAAAAAUGUCAACCCAGGGCCUGGGCCCGGUUGUUAGAAAGCAUGUAAGCUCAUGACAUCACGCUGACAUGUUGUUAUAUGUGCAUUGAUGUACAUGAAACAACAUGUCAACAUGAUGUUAUAAGCUAACAUGCUUUCUAACAACCGCGGGCCCUGGAUUAUUCAAGUAACUCUACUUUUGAACUCGAAACAUUGUUAAGGAGCUCAUUCAUCCCUCAUUGUAAAUUAUCAUGUGAUUGAAUUUUAAAAUAAAGUCAA